AUGAACGUUGCAUUAUGUGUGGCCUUGGAGCAGGUUAUUUUGCGCUAUUGGAUGUGGAAUACACCACAAGAUAUGCUUGUACUGUGCAACACAUUACUUGGUAAGCAAGGCAAGUUAGCAGCCAUAUUCAACACCACAACUCCCGGAUUCUGUGAUCAGCAGCGUGGCGGUGCUCCACCAGAGCGCCAGUACACCAAUCUGCAUGUAUCAUUUGAAAUUUUGCGAGGUGUUAUCCUCUGUAUGCUCAGAGCUCUGAAAAUGACCGGCAUGGAAAUGACCUCGGAUGUGAUGCAGCGUUGCAACGCAAAUUUCUGCUGGCCGGUCACGAUCAAUCGAACGUUCAGCGCGCAACUUGUUGGAUGCACCGUGGAUGACGGUAGCAAUACGGAUACGGUGAUGUGGGAAGAGGUUUUGGCCCUCAUCACACAAGACGUACGCCAAAUGCAAGAUAUCAUUUAUUCGCAUGGUUUGGCAGCCGACGAGCAACUGCUCAAGAUAUUCACAUGUGACAGGAGACUGUUGAUGCUGUGUUAUGUAUACAAUAUGCUCGUGCUGAGUACACUGAAUGGAAAGGAGACGAUGAUAAGUAUCAAUAAAUUUAUAGACUUUUUCAUUUAUCUGUUCAGAAAAAAUCUUCCUGACGAUCAGCAAUUUGGGUCGUUGGGCUCAUAUCCUGAUUUGCAUAAUCGAAUUGCUGCACUGGCACACGUUAUACCGUCGAACAAAAUUGUCAAUACAAGUGCUUCUUUCUUCAAUAAAAUGUCUGAAUAUUAUUCUCAAUUCCCGGAAUUAACACCUCGAGAAGUGGAGGCGGUGGACAUUAUAUUGAUAAGAGCGAUGGAAACGCUUGUUGCUGACCAGUUAUUCUCGACACUGAUGAUGUGCUUCAAGCCAUGCUAUCGUUAUCACCCUCAGCCAGCAGCUUUCAUGUACAGCGUAUUGUAUUGCCUGGAUAAGACCAUUUCUCACACAGCUCGUGCCAGACAGUUUGUACUCGAAAUUUGCGGACAACUCGAGGAUAGGGAUGGCAAAUAUGCUCUGCUGACACCGUCGUUCAUUUCGGACAAUCAUCAGUUAUCAUUACCAUCACAGUUCUGCCAGGCAUUGGUUGAUCGUAUUUUACAGGCAUCCAAUUAUCCGCAUCAGCCACCUGCAUUUGCAUACAAGGUAACAGCUGUUUUAAGCUUAAUUUAUUGUUACAUCCAAUGAAA